UUCCUGAUGACAUAAGCGGCUUAGCAAAAAUCAAAGUCUAAUGCGAAUCAGGGGAUGCGUCUUUUCUCUAUAUUAUUCUUGACUCACCAGCCAUUCAGCUGUCUUGACUCUCUUCGACUCAUGGCCUGAUAUCAGCGCUGUUGAUAACACUCCGUUUUGUCCGUGCCUUCCGCCGUCAUCGUCAAGUGUAUGACACGAUAGACUUCAUUUCUGCCUGGAGUUGAUAGACGUAUAGAACUGUCCUGACAACACUUCAGCUUUAAUAAUAGACCGUCUACUUGAUAAUUCAUGUACCAUACUUGACAAUCCAGCCUUCCUCCUCUCAUGACUCUGUGCAGAUCAACUGAGCAUCAAUCGCCGUUUCGUUCGCGAAUUACCUAUUCACUCUAUUCACUCUACCCAAGUGGGUGAAAUCGUACAAGAAGGAUCAAAAGGGAUAAGAAAAUGCUCCUCGAUAUACUCGACACGUUCGACGUCUCCAAAUUCCGCAUUCGCAGACAAGACCCGAUCGCUCGCCAACAGCGCGUGGCCUCGGUCGAUGUCAAACAACACCGCAAAACCCACGACUCGAUACCGCAGCGCGUGCUGCUGACGCUCGAAGAAGUACCCAAAUGGUACGACAUCAAUCCAUUCAUCCUAACGGGGUAUCGACACCAGACCAACUCGCUGCUCGGCUGCCUCGCCAGCUGGACGUACCUACACAAUGAGUCCGGGAAUAUCUACUCGCACUUGAUCCCCGCCGUCGCGGCGAUCUUCGGCCAUCGUUUGCUAUACAAUUAUUUGCGUACUGAGUAUGCGAAUCUCAGGGACAAGGACUGGACGAUUAUCUCACUGCAAUUGUGGGCUGCGUUGGCUUGUAUGUCGACGUCCACCAUGUACCAUACAAUGAUCUGCCAUUCGCCAAAAGUGAAGCAUAAUUGUCUCAUGUACGAUUACGUUGGGAUUCUUGCCGUCAUGUUGGGCAAUUUUAUAUCGGGGAUAUAUUUUGGUUUUUACUGUGAACCGCGCCUGCGGCUGACAUAUUGGAUUUUGGUCACAUCAAUGAGCCUCGCGACAGGCGUCGUAAUGCUAAACCGGCGCUUCCACGGCCCCAAAUGGCGACGGUUCCGGAUGAACUGCUUUUUACUGACGGGCUUCUUCGCCUCCGCGCCAAUGGUGCACGGGACGAUACGAUGGGGUCGAGAAUUCGUUCGAAAGACGGGCGUUCGAUAUUAUUUAUUGGAGAUACUGUGCAUUCUAAUCGGGUGUUUUUUCUACGAGCGCCGCCUCCCCGAACGUCUUUUCCCCGGUAGAUUCGAUAUCUGGUGGCAUUCGCAUACAAUCUGGCAUGUUUUCGUUGUUUUAGGGGUGGGAAUGCAUUUAGUAGGCACGUUGACGGCGUUGGAUUAUGAUUAUCACUACCGGUCUGUUUGUUAUGCAUAGAUCUUACUUGCAUCUAGAUGUUCUGUAUUGUACUAAUAGAAUUCAUUCAUCCUAAACCUUACA